AUGUACCACCGUCAAGUCCAUAAUCAAGAGUAUCAAGUCCUUGAAGAAAUUGGAAGAGGAUCCUUUGGUUCAGUCCGUAAAGUGAUCCAUAUUCCGACGAAGAAAUUAAUGGUUAGAAAAGAAAUUAAAUAUGGUCAUAUGAAUUCGAAGGAGAGACAACAAUUAAUAUCAGAAUGUAAAAUUUUAUCGCAGUUGAAAUUUGAAAAUAUUGUGGAUUUUUAUAAUUGGGAUUUCAAUGAUUCUGAAAAAGUCCUUUAUCUAUAUAUGGAAUAUUGUUCUCGUGGCGAUUUAGCGUUAAUGAUUAAAUCGUACAAGUCAAGGAAUAAGUAUAUUCCUGAAAAGAUAAUAUGGGGGAUCUUAGCUCAGUUACUAAUGGCAUUACAUAAGUGUCAUUAUGGUGUGGAAUUAAGUCCACUUAUAACGAUAUAUGAUAGAAUGAAACCACCAACUAAGGGUAAAAAUAUUGUUAUUCAUAGAGAUUUGAAACCGGGCAAUAUUUUCCUUAGUAAUGAAAAUAAUAAUGAUGAUAAUAAUGAUGAUAAUGAUCAGCAAAAAAAUAAAGAUGAUAAUGACCUUCAUUUGGAAAAUAAUAUACCAAACGCAAGUGGACGUGGAAACAAUAUGAAAGUGGAUUAUAGCCAAGUUGUGGUUAAGUUAGGAGAUUUCGGUCUUGCAAAAUCAUUAGAGACAAGUAUUCAAUUUGCCACGACAUAUGUUGGCACACCAUAUUAUAUGUCUCCAGAGGUAUUAAUGGAUCAACCCUAUUCUCCAUUAAGUGAUAUAUGGUCAUUAGGUUGUGUCGUAUAUGAAAUGUGUUCGUUACAUCCACCUUUCCAAGCUAAAACAUUUUUAGAUUUACAAAAUAAAAUUAAAACUGGUAAGGUAGAUAAGAUUCCUGAAUAUUAUUCCAAUGGAUUAAAUGCGAUCAUUCAUUCUAUGAUUGAUGUGGAUUUAAAGACUAGACCUUCCACAUUUGAACUUUUACAAGAUAUUCAAAUUAGAACUGCAAGAAAGUCAUUACAAUUGGAAAGAUUUGAAAGGAAUCUUCUGGCAUAUGAGAGUGAAUUAGUCAACAUUGAAAAAAUCUUAGAAAAGCAAGCGACAGAGUAUGAGAGAGAAUUGAGUCAUUUGAAAGAACACUUCGUUCAAGCUGUAGAGGAACGUGUAAGGGAAGUUAUUAAUGGUAAGAAAGUUGGCAAAGCGCCUGAAUCAAUGUAUACAAACGGAUAUAGUGAAGGACUUUCUCGCCCAGCGUAUCAUUGGCAGACAAGGUACAGGUAA